CUCCAGCGCGCCUGCGCAUAGCGAUCGGCCGCCCUGGGAGGCGGGUUGGACCUGGAAAUCCGAGGAGGAGUUCCAGAGCGCCGGCGUGACGUCCGACCUUUGGGGGCGGGCUCAGUCCGCGGGGCUCCACCGCCAUUGGUCCGGAACCCCGCAGUAACCAGGGGAACUGCAAACAGUGUAGAGGCCGCUUCCGGUUCGAGCACCCGGAACCGCCGCCUCUAGGGAUGGACGGUCAGACUCUGCGAAAGGCUGACAGAAGCCGGUCGUGCUCACGGGAGAAAAAGGAGGCUCACACAGGAUGCCAGGUGGAGAUCAGACUGCCACCAUGAAAGGGAAGAAGACAAGCUGGUUGGAACAGGCAGACAGGGAGGGUUACACUAAGGACAUGGUGCCAGACUUCGAUGAGAAACAUGAUGAGUAUUUAAUAUUGCUCCAGCAGAGGAACCGGAUAUUAAAGCAUCUGAAAACCAAGGACCCCAUGCAACUGAGACUGGAGCACUUGGAGCAGGGCUUCUCUGUCUACGUCAACGGGGCCAAUUCGGAGCUGAAGACGUCCCCCCGCAAAGCUGUCCACUCUGACUUCACCAGGAGUGCCUCACACGCCGAGGGGACACACGAUUACGGACGAAGAACCCUGUUGCGAGAAGCAGAGGAGGCUUUAAGACGCGAUUCACGGACAGCCCCCAGCAAAGUCCAGCGCCGAGGAUGGCACCAGAAAUCGGUGCAGAUCAGAACGGAAGCUGGCCCGCGGCUCCACAUCGAGCCUCCUCUGGACUAUUCGGAAGAUUUUGAGGCAUGUGGCGAUGAGACCAGCAAGGCACAGGGUGCUUCCGGGGACCGUCCGCAGGGUACCAAGUCUUCUGCUGACACCACGCCCUGUGAUUUUCAUUUCUCCCUUCUGGAUGCCCAUGGAUGCCCUGAACCUGCAAGCAAUACAGACAAAGAAAGGAUUCUCUUAACUCUUCAGGAUGUGAUGGAGCUAAGAAAAAGCCUGGAACUUAGUGUAAAUCUGCAGAGGAAGCAAAGAGAUUGUUCCAGCGAUGAGUAUGACUCUAUCGAAGAAGAGGUGCUCUCUGAGCCCGAGCCCGAGGAGCAGGUGCUGGUGGGCCACCCCAGAGAGGACCCCCCUCUUUCCAGUGGGGACUCCGUGCAGAAGGAUGUUCCCGAGGACCAGGAGAUGGAAGGAUGCCCUCCCCAGGGCCCAGACACCCUCGUGGUGCUGGAAUUUAACCCAGCUUCCAAGAGUAACAAAAAGGAAAGGAAUUUGUCUGCUAAGCGGAAGGACAACGCUGAGGUUUUCAUUCCCAGCAGACCCGAACUGAACUUGAACCUCCAGCCCUCUGCUGUGUUCCCAGACCAGGAGAAGACAUGCUCGAGACCUGGAAGCCGCCGCGAGAGACCCCUCUCGGCCACCCGCAAACCCGUGCAGGAGGCUGAGGACCGAGAGGAAGACGCCUCAGCCGUGCUCAGGGCCAUCCAGGUGGAGAAUGAAGCCCUGCAGAGGGCGCUCCUCGGCAGAAAGGCUGAGCCCCCCGCCGGCCCGCUGCGGGACACAGAGGGACCAGCAGCAAAAUCGUGGACCAGUCUACUGAAGGGGAAGGAAGAGAGCCCUGAGCUUCCUCCCCCUGUGGCCACCAGUGCGACCAGCACGACGAGCCCGCAGGAGCCGUCCAGGGCAGCAGAGGGAGCCAGAGCUGUCAACGAAGCCAUCGACAGAAUCGGCCUUCUGGGGAGCAGGCAGCAGCAAAGGCUUCUGAAAGUGCUCCAGGCCAUCGAAAGUGACUCUGCCCAUCUCAGCACGGUUGCUUCACCAACGGAGGGCCCCGUGCCAGACCCAGAGGACAAAUCAAGAACAAAAGGCGGAGACAUCAAAGACGCCAUCUACGUGACCAUGGAAAUCCUGUCCAACUGGGGCCACGCCUCCUGGGUGGGUCUCACGGAAGUGGAAUUCUUUGACCUGCACGACACAAAGCUUUAUGUGUCGCCCCAUGAUGUGGACAUCCGGACCACGGACACGCCCGGGGACCUGGGCCAACUGGUCAAUAGGAACUUAGCUAGCAAGAAAGACCCCUCCUUGUGGACGUGCCCCUUCCACCCGCCACUCCAGCUCUUUUUCAUUAUCCGCAACACCAAACGGCUGCAGGACUUCGGUCUAGCCAAGAUCAAGGUUUGGAAUUAUUGGACGGCUGAUGGCGAUCUUGACAUCGGUGCCAAGAAUGUGAAGCUUUACGUCAAUAAAAACCUCAUCUUUGAUGGCACGUUAGACAAAGGAGGUGGAGAGGCCCCCGCUGACCGGAGCAUCCCGGUGGGCCUCAAACAGGAGCAGGAUGAGAGCAGGGGAAGGGCCCUGGGUGCCCCCUCGGGAGAAAGCCGAGAGGCCCGCAAGGUGGCUGGCACAGAUGGGGAGCUCUCGCCACCAGCUGGAACAGUAGUGGAUGUGAAGGUUUCUUCCCAAGGAACGUUACUUGGCGGAAAGAUGAAUCCUCCCAACUGCACGAAGGACAGCUUGUCCAAGUUAGAUGAAGACGCAAGCUGUUCGGCAGCCCCAGCCUUGACAGGUGGCGUGCUGGGGGCUCCCCCCCUCUGCCCGCCUGUGGAAUGCCCUCCCCUUGACCCAGAGCUCUCGCUGGCCCAACAGCUGGAAAACCUCAUGGGCAGAAAGGUGUCUGAGCCGCCAGCGAAAACCCCAUCAUGGUUGCAACCUUCGGCCACCGGGAAGGGCAGGAAGCAGGGAGGCAGGAAGCCGAAACCCCUCUGGCUGAGUCCUGAGAAGCCGCUGGACUGGGAAGGCAGACUUGCAUCAGAUGCCAGCCCUGACACCGUGGGGGAGGCUCCUAGAGAGGCAGACGUCGGGGAUAAAGGCCCCAGGCGUGAGCCAGGGCGGCCAAGCAGCUGGAAUGUCAUCGCUGGGGAGAGAGCCCAGAAGGUGACCCCCAAAGUCUGUGAUGACUUUGACAUCUUCAACCAGCCCUCCAACAGGGAGCACCCUGCUAGUGGGAGGAGGGGCCCGAGGAAGGACACCCUCAUCAGCAGUCACAGCGACGGCCCGCCGACUGGCAAAGAAGACACCCAGCCCACCAAGACGCCGCCGCGGCCCUGGUGGUGCAGUGAGAAGGAGCACGCGCUGCAUGAGUCCUGGGACUCCCUCAGUGCCUUUGACCGCUCCCACCGCGGACGCAUCUCCAACAUGGAGCUGCAGGGCGACAUCCUGGACGAGUUCCUCCAACAGCAGCAGAAGGGCAGCCGCCACAGCGACCAGCUGCCCCCGGGGAAGGAGGAGAAGCCGGAGCCAAGGAGAGGGCCGGAGGACAGCUCCGCAGAGACGGACGACGGGAGCGACUUCGAAAUCCCUGUGUUGCCUUAUGGACAGCGCCUGGUCAUUGACAUCAGGUCGACGUGGGGGGACAGGCACUAUGUCGGCCUUAACGGAAUAGAAAUAUUCAGUUCAGAGGGGGAGCCGGUGCAGAUCGCGAACAUUCGCGCGGACCCCCCGGACAUCAAUGUUUUACCAGCCUACGGGAAAGACCCCCGCGUGGUCACCAACCUCAUCGACGGGGUGAACAGGACCCAGGACGACAUGCAUGUCUGGCUGGCCCCUUUCACACUGGGCAAGCCCCACUCCAUCUCCAUAGAUUUCGUGCACCCUUGCCAAGUUGCCCUGAUCCGAAUUUGGAACUACAAUAAAUCUCGAAUACAUUCCUUCCGUGGCGUGAAGGACAUCACCAUGCUGUUAGACGCACAGUGCAUCUUUAAAGGAGAGAUCGCCAAGGCCUCAGGGACCCUGACAGGAGCCCCAGAGCACUUUGGAGACACCAUCUUAUUCACGACUGACGAGGACAUUUUGGAGGCCAUAUUCUGCUCGGAUGAGACCUUUGACGUGGACGCGGAGAGCCCCUACGCCCUGCAGAACGAGGAGACGCCAAGGAGGCCAAGCACCGCCGGCAGCGAUGGGGAGGACAGGCCCUACACCCAGGCCGGCCCCUGGGCUGAGGACCGGGUCCCGGGGCGAGAGCUGCCAUCCAGUCCCCCUGCCCCCGAAGUAACUACACCAGAGCCGGGCAUCUACCACGGGAUCUGCCUCCAGCUGAAUUUCACCGCCUCCUGGGGGGACCCGCACUACCUGGGGCUCACGGGCCUGGAAGUGGUGGGCAAGGACGGCCAGGCACUGCCCAUCAGCCUGCACCAGAUCUCUGCCUCCCCCAGAGACCUAAAUGAUCUCCCUGAGUACACCGAUGACUCCCGGACCCUGGACAAGUUAAUCGAUGGAGCCAACAUCACCAUGGAAGAUGAGCACAUGUGGCUGAUCCCUUUCUCGCCUGGCCUGGACCACAUGGUCACGAUCCGCUUCGACAAAGCCGAAAGCAUCGCAGGCCUGCGCUUCUGGAACUACAAUAAAUCUCCCGAGGACACCUAUCGCGGGGCCAAAAUCGUCCACAUCUGCCUGGACGGCCUGUGUGUCUCCCCUCCAGAGGGCUUCCUCAUCCGGAAGGGGCCGGGCAACUGCCACUUUGAUUUCGCUCAAGAAAUUCUCUUUGUGGACUACCUCCAGUCUCGCCAGCUGCCCCAGCCGGCCCGGAGGCUCGACACGCAAAGCCUGGAGCGGGCGACCAUGGACUACGAGGCGCCCCUGAUGCCUUGCGGCUUCAUUUUCCAGUUGCAGCUCCUGACCAGCUGGGGUGACCCCUAUUACAUCGGUCUCACAGGCCUGGAGCUCUAUGACGAGCGGGGAGAAAAGAUCCCUCUGUCAGAAAACAAUAUUGCUGCCUUCCCCGACAGCGUGAACUCCCUGGAGGGCGUGUGCGGGGACGUGCGGACUCCUGACAAGCUCAUCGACCAAGUGAAUGACACAAGCGACGGCAGGCACAUGUGGCUGGCCCCCAUCCUGCCUGGCCUGGUGAACCGGGUUUAUGUGAUUUUCGAUCUGCCCACUACCGUGUCCAUGAUCAAACUGUGGAAUUAUGCAAAGACGCCCCAUCGCGGGGUGAAAGAGUUCGGCCUCCUGGUGGACGACUUGCUUGUGUACAACGGGAUCCUGGCGAUGGUGGGCCACCUGGUGGGGGGCAUCCUGCCCACAUGCGAGCCCACGGUGCCCUACCACACCAUCCUCUUCACCGAGGACACGGACAUCUGCCGCCAGGAGCGACACACCACCAUCAGCAAUCAGGCGGAGGAUCAGGACGUCCAGAUGAUGGAUGAAAACCAGCUCAUCACCAGCUCGAGAAGGAAACAGAGUGUGGUUGACCCAGCCUUACGCCCCAAAACGUGCAUAAGCGAGAAAGAGACAGUGCGACGGUGGCGGUGCUGACCGCGGAGGAGGGAGAGCUGGUCCCCCAGCCAGCAGGGCCUUUGUCACCCCCCCACUCCUGGUGCCUGUGUCGCCCGCCCCCGGUCCUGAGCCGUGGCAGCCUGGACUCUGGGGGCUGGAAGAACGAGAGGGGACUCAUGUGGCUGGGCCUCCCUCUGCUCCUCGGCUCCGGGGCACCCUCCCGGGACAGCCGGCUUGGUGCCUCCCGCAGGCUCCAGCCCAGCAGGGUCGAAUGCACCCACACCUGCAAACGCUGGGCCGCCUCAGGCCAGGACGCUGGGGUGCCCCGGGGGGACCUGCCCUCCCUGCACAGCGUGGCUGCCCAAGGCCGGGGUGGGGGGGUGCCUCAGACACCAGCCCCAACAUGAGGGGGAGCAGGGGGAGGCCCAAGCGGAGGUGCCAACAACUCCCCUCCCUGCCACAUCCCUGCCUCAUCUGGGGGCUGGCGGAGCUGGCUGAGAGGGUGGGGUUGUUCCCUGGUCCCCCGAAUGUUGAGCCAGGACUGCUCCAACCCCCUUCCCUCGUCCCAGCCUGGAGGACGGACCCAUCAGCGUUGCGUGUGUCUCUCGGAGGAAAGGAAGAGAGCGGUGCCCACCUAUCAUGCAGCCAGGCCACGUAGCCCGGGCGGUGGGCAGCUUCACAGCCCCCCGCCCCGCGACCGGCAGGGCCCGUCCGACGUCAGGAUGCAGGGCAGGCCCAGGACCAGGCCCACGACCCCACCCUCGGGCCGAGGCCACCUCCCCUUCCACUUGAACUUCAUCUGGAGGCGGGCGGCCCCUCCCUCUGGUCUGAGCUCGGGCUCCUCCCACUCGCUCCUCCCGGUCCUCCGAUCCUCCGCGCAGGUGCCCCUGCAGUCAGCGGCGCUUGUUGCCCAGCCCGCCCCCCUUCCAGCAGCUUCCCCGCGAGUUGGAAAUGUGCCUUGCACCCCCAGCCGAGUGAAGCUCAGAACGUAUCUAUUUGCAUCAAUGUAACAAGCUGGGAUCAGGGACCUAAUUGGUUUCCCAGUGGUGGGUAAUUUCUCGUUGCAAAUAUUAAUCCGUUGUUUUCCUGGCGCCCGGCCCAGCCCACCGCAGCACGGUACUCAGUACUCGAAGUAGGUUCCUGUGUACCCGAGAGCCCCAGCAAAUACCUCGUGAGCUUUGCAGCUUCCAUGGAGCAGCCAUGCAAAUGCACUUUUCAUUUGGAGCGUGGGGCCAAUGUGAAGAUAAGGAAUUGUUUCUCCCGGAGAAGAUCCGUCAUUUCUGUAGCAUCCAGGGCCCCCCGGCUUCUGUGCUCCCCUCCCAGAAGUGGCAACCAGGAGAGCUGCAGCCCGGGGGGAGCGGGGGGCUCAUCAAGCCAGCUCUUAGGGACCAAAGCCAGUGCCGCCGCUAUACAGGUGGCCCAGCUCCCUGACCCCACACGAGGCGGGGGCACAGGUCAGACCACCACGCACACUCGCUCCCAGAACCUCUGCUGCUGUUGAUAGUAACUGUAUGCGCCAUGCGACGUAGGAGGGGAAGAAAGCUGCACAGCCGUUAACUGUAAAAUAAAUUUCUAUUUUCUUCUCUUGCAAAAUCAAUAAAAGAUGUUAUUAAGAA